GCUGAACUCAACCAAAGUUUGUUUUGAUUUUGUGGUUAUUUUGUGGAAAUAUAAGGUUAAGUUGUUGUUUUCCCAUAAAUUAAUCCAAAAAAGUUUAAAACACAAAGUGGUACCUAUGGGCGACAAUGAUAAGAUGGUUACUUCAGAUGAUGAUGAACUUUCUUCUAGUGAUGGAGAAGACAAGGAGCUUGAGGAUAGAGCAACUGCACUGGAAGGGGAGCUGGCCAAUAACAAAUAUCUUUACGAAGUGCAUCUAGAGGUUGUCGAAAUUUAUCGUAAACUAGGCGAUAUUAAGUCGAUGAGAGAGGCGUAUAAUCGAUUUUCGGAAUACUUUCCUCUCACGUCAACAAUAUGGUUGGCCUGGAUAAAAGAUGAAGUUAAACUGGCGACAUCAAGUUCUGAAAAGAAACAUGUACUAACACUAUUUGAAAGAGCUGUUAAGGAUUAUUUAUGUAAGUAUCUGUGUAAAUAGUUUAACCAAUGAGAU